ACUUAUACUCAUGGAGCCUCUGAAUGCAUGAUUUCAAGAUAUUUUGUGAGUGCUUCUUAUUGACCGAGAAGACUCUAAACCCACGGCGAAAAGAAUUCAAUAUUCGCCGGCCGUUAAAGCUGUUUCCCAAGCGUCCCUGAACUCAAAGAAAAGCUUGAUCCAAACGGCCAAACGUUAACAACAACAGUCAUGGAUUUUGAUGACGAUGCCCCGCCAGAGCUGGUUGAUAUAGCCGCCAACGAUGUGGAUGGGGAGAUCACAGUCAAGGUUCCUAUCACAAUUGUGACAGGAUAUCUUGGUGCUGGUAAAACCACCUUGCUAAAUUACAUCCUUACAGCUCAACAUGGCAAGAAGAUCGCUGUCAUCAUGAAUGGUUAGGACGGACCACGACUUGUUGGAAACAGCCACUAACAUGAUAUAGAAUUUGGAGACUCGCUCGACAUUGAAAAGUCCCUUACUGUGAACAAGGGUGGUGAGCAGGUUGAAGAAUGGUUAGAAGUUGGCAAUGGAUGUAUCUGCUGUUCCGUAAAGUACGUUAUGAAUGUACGGCAGCCACAUACUAAAAUGCUAACUGGAUUCAGGGAUACAGGAGUCAAUGCGAUAGAGUCUCUCAUGUCAAAGAAGGGUGCAUUUGACUACAUCCUCCUCGAAACAACUGGCUUAGCCGACCCUGGAAACUUAGCUCCCCUCUUCUGGGUAGACGACGGACUCGGAAGCACCAUUUACCUGGAUGGAAUAGUCACGCUCGUAGAUGCGAAGAAUAUCCUGCUCAGUCUUGACGACCCCAAUGGUGUUGUCGAAGGACACGACGACCACGGUCAUGGCCCUGUCAUGACUACAGCACACGUUCAGAUAUCUCAUGCCGAUGUGAUCGUAAUCAACAAGGCCGAUAUGGUUACUGAGACGGAACUCGACCAGGUCAAAGAGAGAAUCCAGUCGAUUAAUGGACUUGCCAAAAUCCAUGUAACGGAGAGGAGUGUGGUCCCUCAACUGGAAGGAUUCCUGCUUGAUUUGCACGCAUAUGACCAGUUCAAUGAGUCAGACGCGAAUGCCAAGGGACACAGUCAUCUCGACCCUACCAUAUCGACCGUCACCAUACCUGUUGGCCGCCUUGAGCCAGGACAACUGGACACAGUUGAUCGUUGGCUACGAUCGGUGCUGUGGGACAGCAAAUUACCUGAAGAUGAAAAGGAGGGUGAUUUCGAGAUUCAUCGCUCCAAGGGACGGCUUGUGUUUGCCAAUGGAGAGGUCAAGAUGUUGCAGGGGGUGAGGGAGGUCUUUGAGAUCAAUGACGGGCCGUUGGGAGAUGAGACGCCCAAGGAGGGGAAGAUUAUUCUGAUUGGAAGGAACGUAGCAGGUGUUGGAUUUGAAGACAGUUUCAAAAAGGCCCUGAGCUAGUCUUUAGAGUAAAGAACAGAGGUGCAUGAUAACUCUAUGAUGCCUGAGGUCUUUCACAAGUGCUCUUACGACUGAGUGCAGACUGAAGCAGUUGAGGUUUGCUGAAUGAACAGAAAUCGACUGACAUAUAUUCUCG